CGAGAAAUUUUCUCCGGCAGUUCCCAGGCGCCCGCACAUUAGCGCUGAUGUGGCCUAACUGACGCACGCGCCGCGGGGCGCCGUCAGCUCCGCCGUGGACCGCCGGGAGUCGGAGGGAGGAGCGUGUGUGCCAGUCCCUCCGGGCGCGGGGCGCCGGACGACUUCCGGGCCAUGGCGGAGAAGCAGGCUCAGGCCGGGGAGGUGGGUCCCAACCCGUCGGUGCUGUUCCUGCACCCAGACCUGGGCGUGGGCGGCGCCGAGCGGCUGGUGCUGGACGCGGCGCUGGCUCUGCAGGCGCGCGGAUGCAGCGUGAAGAUCUGGACGGCGCACUACGACCCGAGCCACUGCUUCGCUGAGAGCCGCGACUUGCCGGUCCGCUGCGCGGGAGACUGGCUGCCGCGCAGCCUGGGCUGGGGUGGCCGCGGCGCCGCUGUCUGUGCCUACGUGCGCAUGAUCUUCCUGGCGCUCUACGUGCUCUUCCUCGGCGACGAAGAGUUCGACGUGGUCGUGUGCGACCAGGUGUCUGCGUGUAUCCCAGUGUUCAAGCUGGCCAGACGGCGUAAGAAGAUUCUGUUUUAUUGUCACUUCCCAGAUCUGCUUCUCACCAGGAGAGAUUCUUUUCUUAAACGCCUGUAUAGGGCCCCGAUUGACUGGUUAGAAGAAUACACCACAGGCAUGGCAGACUGCAUCUUGGUUAACAGCCGGUUCACAGCUGCCAUUUUUAAGAAAACAUUCAGGUCCCUGUCUCACAUAGACCCUGAUGUCCUCUACCCAUCUCUGAAUGUCACCAGCUUUGACUCAGCUGUCCCUGAAAAGCUUGACGACCUAGUCCCCAAAGGAAAGAAAUUCCUGUUCCUCUCCAUCAACAGAUACGAAAGGAAGAAAAAUCUGACUUUGGCACUGGAAGCCCUAGUAAAGCUGCGUGGAAGGUUGACCUCCCAAGAUUGGGACAAGGUUCAUCUGAUCAUGGCAGGUGGUUAUGACGAGAGAGUCCUGGAGAAUGUGGAACACUAUCAGGAAUUAAAGAAAAUGGUUCAGCAGUCUGACCUUCAACAGUCUGUGACUUUCCUGCGGUCUUUCUCAGACAAACAGAAAAUCUCACUCCUCCACGGCUGCACAUGUGUGAUUUACACACCAAGCAAUGAGCACUUUGGUAUCGUCCCUCUGGAGGCCAUGUAUAUGCAGUGCCCAGUCAUUGCUGUUAAUUCAGGCGGGCCCUUGGAGUCCAUUGUACACAGCGUCACAGGGUUUCUUUGUGAGCCUGACCCCAUGCACUUCUCAGAAGCAAUAGAAAAGUUUAUCCAUGAACCUUCCUUAAAAGCCACAAUGGGACUGGCUGGCAGAGCCAGGGUGAAGGAAAAGUUUUCCUCUGAAGCAUUUACAGAACAGCUCUACCAAUAUGUCACCAAACUGCUGGUAUAAUUGAUUUUUGUAAGGUCUUUAUGCUACAUUCAGUAUUUGUAGAUUGUAGACCCAGUUUUGAAAACCAUAAAAGAAACCUAGAAUCUAGUGUAGAAAAGUUUUUCAAAUAAAACACUUGAGUCUUGAAUCUGAGCCACUUUCCUAUACACCGCAUCUUCCUGUCUACUUUUUCAGAAAAACAAUAUCUUGUAUGCUAUAGUAAUUCUAAGUCUUACCAGUGUUAACAUACAAAUAGGGCAUGAUUCCAUGUUCAGCAGAAUAAAUAUAUUUUCUCUAGAUUAUUGCUGCUCUGCCUGUAAAUCUUGAGUCAUAUUGUGUCUUACUUGGUUUUGAUAGUUUAAGUGUACCAUCAUCACAGUUGAUUCGUUCAGCUUCAUAGCAUAAUGAGAAGAGGGUCACUACUUCCCAGAAUCACUCCCCCUAAGUGUUCACUGUCCUCUGUUGGGACAUUUGUGUUCGCCAUACCUAUGCCUGGAUCCAAAGCAAGAAUGCUCUGUACUUUUUUACAAAGAUGACUUAUUGUAUUUUUGCACACUGAGACAUGACAGUAAAAGAUGUUUCUCA